UUUCGGGAGACACCUUGUCUGCUUGAAUUUCUCCCUCGAUUCGCUUCCGGUGAACCUUGGCGUUCUGCCGGACUCGCGCAUCUGGCCCGCCCGUUUGUUCGCUGAAAGGCGGACGACGGGCACAGAACCACACGUUUCCCUCCUGUCUCUCGACUUCUGUUGCGUGCGUUCAAAUUCGUCUUGCGCUCUUCCAAAGGGAGAGGAGCGCACAUUGUAGGUUUGUUUGAGCCGCGAGAAGUGUCUGUAAAGUCGUUACCGCGCUUCCUUCCCAACUUUUGACUUUCUGAAGACACGCCAUCGCGGUGUCUCGGUGUGUAUGUACACCGGAGACUGCUGAUCCACGCGGCGUGCGUGGGCGGCAAUUUCUCGCGGGUGUGUCAGAAUUCGUAGAUCAGCUGCACCUGUGAAUCAAGGAAACGAGAUUUCCCUGGUUUGCCGGAUCUGUAGGCUUUCGGUGAGCGUGUUCGGGACGAGACUUUCCAUUCUUCGUCCCCCUACUCUCGGAGUUAGGAGCGACAGUCUUCCCCUGGCAGCCCUGUGCGCGUGCGUAGUGGGUUUUUGUCCGCUUCUGUUGGCGACUUGCAAACCCGCACAAAUCAGCGUUUCCCCGAGUGCAGUCUUACCUGUCACUCACCCUUUCCCAUUCCUCGUUUUCAGAUAGAUUCCAGACACACAUGCCGAUACGCACACACGCUCGAGUCCGCUCCGUCUGCACCAUGGGAGUGGUGAGCCGCGCCGCGGCCGCGUCUUGGCCUCUCGCUUCUCGCGCGCGUGACAGCGGAGCUUUGUGGGGCGGCUUGGGGAACGAUGGCGAAGCUGGGAACCGGUUUCCGGUUACUUUCUCUUUAUCUGGGGAAACGAACGGAAAACCACAGACACAUCACUGCUCUCGGCCGAUAGAUCACAGGGAAACGCGGCGGGGAAAUGGCGGGGUCUCGGGUUUCUUCGUUUUCCUUUUCUUGUUCUUCUUCAGUCCUCUCUCCGCCACUGCCGGACCCACGCAGUCCGGCAAUCUCCUCCCCUACACAGGCGGACCGUGGGAGAGUUCGAGAAGACCAGAAGACGGUCAUCGUGCAUUCUCUCUCGCGUCCUCGCAGCCGAUUUUCUUCGGCCUACCCGCCGCUUCUUCUGGCCCUUCCCAUGUGGGCAAUCCUCACGGAUCAGACCUCGUUCCGCCUUCCUCCUUAAGUCCCUCCUCUUCCGUUGUCUCGUCUUUUGCUGUCUCGUCUCCCGUCUCUGCUCAUGGCCUGAGGAAAAGGCGGCCCAUGUUGCCUUUCUCGCGCUCGCGGCGCUCUAUGACCUUUCUGUCUGGGCCGCCCAUCUCAGCUUCUCCCUCGUCUGUUUCUUCGUCUGCCCGCUUCCCUUCUCGUUCUUGCUCGUCUUUGUCGCUGCAUCGUGAGGCUCGUGACAGUCCCCGGUGUCACGGGGUUUCUUGUUCCGUUUUCGAGUCACCCGAGCUCAGACACGCAACGUUUCUGAGUCAUCCUGUUCCCCACUCUCCUCUCUCGUCUCCAGCGACUCCCGCUUCUUUCUCUUCCCGUUCAGCUCCAGGCAACCAGUCGGCGAUUCAGGCGUCAACCACGGAAUCGAGAGUGGGAGAGAGAGAGGGCGAAGCUACGCCGACGCGUGUUGGCGACGGGGAAGGAGACCCUCUUGCCGAUUAUGUCCGGAAACAUGGAGGCAAGCGAGUCAUUCGCCGCGUCCUCAUCGCCAACAACGGCAUGGCAGCCACCAAGUCGAUCUUCUCCAUGCGUCAGUGGGCCUACAUGGAACUCGGCGACGACAAGCUUUUGGAGUUCGUUGUGAUGGCAACCCCAGAAGACAUGCGAGCGAAUCCUGAGUUCAUUCGCCGCGCAGACAAGAUCGUGGAAGUUCCAGGGGGUCCGAAUCGCAACAACUACGCGAACGUCGAUUUAAUUUGUCAAAUCGCUGUCCAGGAAAAGGUGGACGCAGUGUGGCCGGGAUGGGGGCAUGCAUCGGAGAAUCCGAAUUUGCCUCGUCGUUUGUCGGAGUUGGGGAUCACGUUCAUUGGCCCUAGUGCAACAGUGAUGGCUGCUCUUGGAGAUAAAAUCGCGGCCAACAUCCUCGCGCAGACAGCAGGCGUUCCGAGCAUUCCCUGGAGUGGAGAUUCUCUCAAGGCGACACUCGACAGCACGGGCGCCAUUCCUCGCGAUAUUUUCGACCAAGCGACAGUUAAGAGCGUGGAGGAAUGCGAGAAGGUGGCAGACCGCAUUGGUUAUCCGAUGAUGAUUAAGGCGAGUGAGGGAGGGGGUGGAAAAGGAAUUCGCAUGGUCGAUCGGAAGGAGCAGGUUCGCGGGGCGUACGAGCAAGUCGUGGCUGAAGUCCCAGGAUCUCCUGUCUUCAUGAUGCAACUCUGCACUGCCGCUCGGCAUAUCGAAGUUCAGAUUGUGGGGGACGAAGAUGGACAGGCUGUCGCUCUCAGUGGCCGCGACUGCAGCACGCAACGACGCUUCCAGAAGAUAUUUGAAGAAGCACCGCCGACGACUGUCGUUCCUCCCCACACAAUGAAAGAGAUGGAGAAAGCAGCUCAGCGCCUGACGCAGUCUCUUGGGUACGUGGGCGCCGGCACCGUCGAGUACUUGUACAAUCGAAAAGACGACAAGUUUUUCUUCCUCGAGUUGAAUCCGAGACUGCAGGUGGAGCAUCCUGUCUCGGAGGGCGUCACCGGUGUCAAUUUGCCGGCUGCUCAGCUCCAAGUGGCCAUGGGAAUUCCUCUGUGGCGAAUUCCAGAUAUUCGCCGGUUCUUUGGGCGAGACCCAAACGCAGGCGACCGCAUCGACUUCAUCAAUGAGGACUACCUCCCCAUCCAGCGACAUGUCCUCGCGUCUCGAGUGACGGCGGAGAAUCCCGACGAAGGAUUCAAGCCGACGAGUGGUCGCGUAGAUCGCCUGGAAUUCCAGCCUCUGGAGAACGUCUGGGGAUACUUUUCCGUGGGCGCCAGUGGAGGGGUCCACGAGUACGCAGAUUCUCAGUUUGGGCACAUUUUCGCGACGGGGAAGAAUCGCGAGGAGGCGCGGAAGAAGCUGGUGCUCGGCCUGAAGCGCGUGGAUGUCCGUGGCGAGAUUCGGACGCCAAUCGAGUACUUGGUGCAGCUGCUGGAAGAUAAAGACUUCAUCGAAAACCGCAUCGACACCUCCUGGCUCGACAAACUCAUCAAACAGCGGAAACGCUUGGGCGAAAAAAAAGUCGAAAAGGCUCACGUCGUUCUCGCGGCCGUUCUCUUUCGAGCCAUCCGCGCGCUCAAGGAGAAAGAACAGCGCGUGCUGUCUGCGUUGCAGCGAGGGCAGCGGUACAUCCACGACCUGGCCUCGCUGAACACAGUUUCCCAGGAAGUCGUGUAUGAGGAUCAGCGUUUCUCUUUCGAGGUUUCGCGAACGGGUCCACAGCUGUACGUAUUGAAGCUGAAUACGCAGGAGGUCGAGUGUGUGGUGCGCGAGCAGCCGGAUGGGUCGUACAUUGUUCUUUUUCCGGGAGAGAAGUCGCACAAAUUCAACGGACGCGAAGAGCCUCUCGGCCUGCGCCUGCAAGUCGACGGUACGACGGUGUUGCUGCCGAACGUAUUCGACCCCUCUGAGCUCCGUUCAGACGUGACGGGAAAAGUCGUCCGUUACUUGGUUCCCGACAAGGGCCAGGUGAAGAAGGGAGAGCCGUACGUUGAGGUAGAAGCGAUGAAGAUGAUAAUGACUCUGACCGCCGGCGAGACGGGGGUGCUGUCUCACACGAAGAGUCCGGGGAGCGUGGUCAAUACGGGCGAUGUGUUGGGGACUCUCGCUCUCGAAGAUCCAAGUCGCGUGAAGAAGAUCGUCGACUUCUCAGGUCUUCUGGACCUUCCACGAGUGAAGAAACGCGAGGCAGCAGACGCGAGGGAGAAGCAGACAGAGGGCACUGGGGCGACCUUCUCGCUCUUCGGAAGCCCGGAAGACGAGGCCGCGAUGCGUCUGCGGCUCGCGAUGGAGGGGUACGAGCAAGACGUCGAGUCGACGGUCCAAAAGCUCGCGUUCCCCUCCGUCGACUCGCGAAACUUGCAGACGAAGAAAGAAAAACUGACGGAGCUGCUGGUCGAACUCUUCCAGUCUUUCCUGAGCGUCGACGAGCACUUCGCCUCCGUCCAGGGCGGCGAGGUCGCCGUCGACGGCCCUGCUGCUGAGAAGAAAGUCCAAGAUCCUGCGACGCUCCUCAAACUGAAACUCGCGCACAGCCGCCUACAGCCGAGAAUUCAACUUGUCCUCUCGCUCCUCAGAGCUCUGCAGAACUUCCCGAAUUUUUUUCCGGAGUGGACGAUGCCAGUUUCCCUCGAGUUGUGCCUCACGCGUCUCGCGGCCCUGCACGGCCGGGCGUAUGGCCAGAUUGCGUUGGAGGCCAUAAGGCUUCUGCGUUCGUUCCGAGUGGCGCCGUUUGAGCAGCGCGUUCAACGCCUGAAGGCGGAGCUUCUCCAGCUUCCUUCGACCUCGAAGGCAGGCUCUGCCUCAGAGCGGGAGACGAACGUGCGACGGGCGGAGAGAAUCGCGAGGUCCGGCACCGCGUCUGCGGGCAUCGAUCUGCUCUCCCACUUGUUCGGCGACGGAAGCGUGAGCCUCAAGGCUUUGGAAGUUGCGGUCCGCCGGCACUACCGCGGCUUCCCGAUCGACGCGUUGCACACGGAGUUGUUUGAGGUGGAGACGCAAGAUGGAUCGAAGAAGGAAAUCCCGGUGGCCUUCUGGAGUUUCAGACAAGGCGACUUGACGGGUGCCGAAGCCCCAUUGCGCACUGGCGUCAUGGGGGCCUUCCAGAGCCUUGAGGAGGUGCAGGAAGUUGGAGACAGGUUGCUCGCGAGGCUCAGACAGUUCGACGAGGAGAAGCGUAAGGACGAGGGCCUGGGCGAGUCCCACAGAGAGCGCGAGGACACACAGGAGCCGAGGAAUGUGUGUCUCUUUGCGCUGACGACGCCGAUGGAUUUCGGCACUGAGGAAGAGAAACUGAAAUCGCGCAUGCAGGGAAUCAUCCACAGUCUUCAACCUUCUUUGCAAAGCGCCGAUGUCCGCCUGGCCGCAGUCCACGUUCCUCAGGUCAACAAGUCGUGCCGCAUGUUCAACUUUCUCGCGUCCGACGGAUUCGAUGAGAGCCGCAUCAGGAGAGAUCUUUGUCCGACAGUCCCGUCUCUGAUCGAGUUGAACCGUCUGCAAACGUCGUUUGACUUGACGCGCCUAGACGCCCUGGAUCCGAACACGCAGGCGUACCUUGCCCUUCCGCGCCUGGAGCCCUCAGCGAAGGGCGAGGUGUCUCCAUCGUCUCCUUCGACGGGGCCGGGCGCGGCGUCUGCCCAGGGGGCUUCGUCGACUUCGAAGAAGCCGGUGAGUCAGGCGCAGGCGCCGCAGAACGUGUUUGUGCGCCGUUUGAUUUUUGAGAACGAGGUGAAGAGCGACUUCUCCGAUCUGCCUCGAAUCCUUCUGGACCUUCUGGAUGUGCUGGACCGUUGUGCAAGUGAUCCACGAGUGUCUGCGACCGCCUCUGGGCGCCUGUUCCUUCACAUCGUCUCGCCGUUGAAUCUGGCGUCUGCAAAGGCGGUGACAGAGCAUUUUCACAAGAUGAUGAAGCGGUUUCGCAGUGAGCACAACGAACGGCUUCUCCGGCUCCGCGUCGACCAAAUCGAAGUCAAAAUGCACCUGAGGAAAGGCGGGUCCGGGUCGGACGGAGAGAAGCGAUCAAGUCGAGAAGAAGGCGCCGAGGCGACUGGCUCUCAGGCGAAGGAAAAGGAACGCCUCCAGGUGCUGCGCUUGUCGGUCAGCUCCCACCAGGGCAGUUGGCUCCACACCAAAGCUUCGGAAGAUGUGCCACAUGUGUUGACGGGAGAUCCGAUCGCGCAGAGAAGCUUCGUUUUCGACGAAGGCGAGGAGACCGACGCAGAGGGCUUCGUCGCCCAGGCCUCGCCGGCGGGCAGCGGAGCGGAGGGAGCUGACGGGGCCAAGUCGCGGGCGACAGAGAAGACGGGACAACGAGAAGGCGACGCUGCGCCAGUUGUCAGCAGAGAACCGCCAGAAGCCGAAGGCCUUCUAGGACGCAUCUCAGUAGGUUUGAAGACUCUGCGAGGUACGCAGACAAGCGCCACAGGAAGCGCAGGCGCGGGAGAGAUGCCUGCGGCCUCGUCUUCUCUUCCUGGUCGCUGGGAAGGAGGUGACAGGAAGAAACAGGAGCUCUUGUCCGUCUCGCGCAGGGAGGAAAACGAGUUCUUCCGACAUGAAAAAGACGCCGACCCGUACCCCGAGGUCGACCGCAUCGCCAUGGCGAGAUCGGCUGCCAGGCGAGCAGGCUCCACGUACAUUUUCGACUUUCUCGGACUCAUGGAAAUUGCCCUCCUACAAAGUUGGCAAACUCACUUGAAGGAGAAAGGCGAGAAAGACGGAGGCGUCGGCGGAUGGGACGAGGCUGUGCCCCGCGAUCUGUUCAAGGCUGAGGCCUUCAAGGUGUCUGCACAGGGCACCCUGUACCUGGAUCCGGACUGGCGCGUCGCAGACAACAAGAUCGGGAUGGUUGGCUUUUUGAUUACGCUCAAGACGCCGGAGUAUCCGUCUGGUCGUCAGGUGGUGUUGCUGGGAAACGACAUCACUUUUCAGGGCGGCUCUUUCGGGGUUCCAGAGCACCUUUUCUUCACGCAAGUUUCUCGGUUGUCUCGCGAACAGGGCUUGCCACGCGUGUACAUUGCAUGCAACAGCGGCGCGCGCAUCGGUUUGUAUGAGAAUUUGAAGGACAAGAUCAAAGUGGAGUGGAACGACGCGUCGAAUCCGAGCCUGGGUUUCAAGAACCUCUACCUGUCGGCCGAGGACUACGCGGCGUUGCCGCCGGGGGUCGUCAGCGGGCACUUUGAGGAAGCGGUGAAUGGAGACCAAAGGCGGUUCGUUCUCGACGCGAUCAUCGGAGAUCCCGACAAGUUCAUAGGGGUCGAGAACCUUCGGGGGUCGGGGACGAUUGCGGGGGAGACAAGUCGAGCCUACGACGAAACCUUCACUCUGAGCUACGUGACCGGCCGAUCUGUGGGUAUCGGCGCCUACAUCGUUCGUCUCGCCCAGCGCACGAUUCAGAUGGUGCGCGGGCCGCUUCUGUUGACGGGGUAUCAGGCCUUGAACAAGUUGUUAGGUCGGGAGGUAUAUGCCUCUCAGGAUCAACUCGGAGGGCCUGAAGUCAUGUUCCGAAACGGUGUUUCUCACCUCGUGGUCCAGAACGACCAGGAGGGGAUGAAGGAAGUCCUGCGCUGGCUCGCGUACACUCCUAAGACAGCGAGAGACAGCGUGAGCUCUGCGGAGAUGUUUUCCUCCGACCCCGUUGAACGCGAAGUCGCCUUCACUCCCACGAAGGCGCCCUACGACGUCCGCCACAUGCUCGCCGGAUACACGAAAGAAGACGGCACCUUUGUUUCCGGAUUCUUCGACAAGAACUCAUUCAAAGAAUAUCUUGCCGGGUGGGGCAAAAGCGUUGUGGUGGGCAGAGCGCGACUCGGAGGAAUUCCCUUCGGCGCGAUUGCCGUCGAAACGCGAACGACCGAGGCAAGGGUACCCGCCGACCCCAGCAGCCCAGACUCACGAGAAAGUGUCGUUAUGCAUGCUGGUCAAGUCUGGUUUCCCGACUCGGCGUACAAGACGGCGCAGGCGAUCAACGACUUCAACCGCGGCGAGAAUUUGCCUCUGAUUAUUUUUGCGAAUUGGCGUGGAUUCUCUGGAGGCACGCGAGACAUGUUUGAGGAGAUUUUGAAAUUCGGUUCUCAAAUCGUCGACGCUUUGCGCACGUACAAGCAGCCUGUCUUCAUCUACAUUCCACCCCAUGGCGAACUGCGAGGUGGCUCCUGGGUCGUCGUCGACCCCACCAUCAAUUUGCAGAAAAUGGAAAUGUACGCCGACGCCAAUGCUCGCGGCGGAGUUCUCGAACCUCCAGGAAUCUGCGAAAUCAAGUACCGAGCUGCCGACCAAAAAGCUCUCAUGCAUCGUGUAGACGACGUAUUGAAAGAACUCGACAAACAGCUACACGACUGCCAGACCGCCAGCGACGCAAUCGACUUGAAGGAGAAAAUCAAACGCAGAGAAGCCGCCCUGGAGCCGCUUUACCUUUCGAUCGCACGAUUCUACGCGGACUUGCACGAUCGACCAGAACGCAUGAAGGCACGAGGUGUCAUUUCCUCGAUUGUCAACUGGAAGAAUUCACGCACCUUUUUCUACUGGAGAGCAAAGCGGCGACUUCUCCAAGACGAUUUAGAAGCGCGCAUCCUAGCAGCCGACGCGCGACUCGACUUCACUAAGGCGCGUGCGAAGAUCGACGAUCUUCUGAAAAGCCAUGGAGUCGACAUCGCGAGCGACAAGGCUGCUUGCGAAUUCCUCAGCAAUACUGAAGGGAAAGAGGCGACGCAGGCUAUCGUAGAAAGGAGCCGACGAGAAGGAGCGAUUGAAAAAAUCCGAGACAUUCUUUCCUCUUUGCCGGAGAGUGAACGCAGGGAAACGCUCGAAAGCGCUGCUACGCCAGCCCGUUGAGAAUGCGAAACUGACGAAUAUACAUAUUUUUAGAGAAGUGGAAAGUUGUAUUUUCUUUUUGCCAGAAGAUGCACGGGAGAGUUCAAGGAAAGGUUGAAUUCGUUUUUUUUGUCGGAAUCGUGUUUUCAUGGAGGUCGAGGAAACCAAAUUCCUAGGGAGAGGUGUGUCUCUGCGCAGAGAUGAACCGGAGUCAUUGACUCAGGGUGUAUCGUUUCUUUUAAUAAUUAAAGAUCAUUAAUGCCAUGUAGAUGUAUUUUGAAAACGAAAAACAAGGGAGCGAUGUGCGUUUUACCUGUCUUGGCUGAAACGCAGCAGACGACAUUCGACCGGCAUGUACACCAGGUAUCUCGGAAAACAUUUCCCUUUCUGUUGGACAGUCAACAGUGUUUGUGAACUGUAACGCUUCCCAGGAAACAAGGAACUUCAAAGGGGUGUACACUCUUGCUUCUUGAAGGGGAGAAUUCAGAAAGAAGCCCGUUUUCAGGAAGCCGUUGGAGAGACAUUUCUGCAAAGCAUUCGCUUUCCGCUUCCGAGAGGUUCAACCGGUUUCCUGAUCUGUACAUUUUGAUGAGCACCACCCAGAACGAUGGUGCGUGUUGUAUCUCUUCGCUAUCCCUGAGCACGGCCUCGGGAAUAAGUAUGUCGGUGAUGCGAAUAGGGUAGGGCGAUUCUUUUUCUGAAGAACGAAACACCGAAAUGAGUCUUUCAUCGUCUCCUGUUACGUCGUUCUGAAGUGGGUGAAUACACAGGUGUGGUUUUUCUGAGCUUGGGAAAAGACAAAGCCCUCAAGAGACACGAAGGGAAACGAAUCGACGCGCGAGCAACACGCAAAUUCACAACUGAGUGAAACAGAAGAAAGGUGAAAAUGGAGAAGUCUUCGCAUUUCAUGGGGUCACGGUGAUGAUUCCACGGGAAGAGCCCGGCGUGUGAUCCCCCGCAGCCAUCGACGGGACGGUAGAGUCACCUGGUGGCUCAGUGUUCAUGCGUUGUUUUAAUCGUAACAUGGAACAUUUGUGAAGAACUGAAACCCGGGGGAAGCAGGGGAGACGCUUGACGGGGUUAGAAAGACAAAAAUGCCUCAGCUCGUUUUGCCGGAAUGAAGCAGAGGGAUGAGAGGACAGACGCGUCGUAUUAUGUGUCUCAUGAAGUUACCUGUCUUUUUCGAAGAAGCUUCCCAUGUACAAAAACUUUUUGUCGCACCUCGAAACGAUUACGAGGAUCGGUAUAAUAUUUUGUACACUGUCUCUCGGUAUCCGUAAGUGCAUAUGCAGGCAUUGAUUUUUUUGUGUACGACGGCGUCACUGCAGUCAAAACAUUUAAAGCAUGACAAUUGAAUCCACAUACAUGUUCAUACAAAAACUUUUGUACUGUAUAUGUUUCUGCUUGCUUUCGUCGUUUUGCUCGGCGGUGAAUAUGUCCUCAAUUCAACCGGCAGAUCCGCCUGUUAUCGUAGGCCAAAUGACGGAACUCAACAGGCGACUAACGAUUGCCUGUUGACACUAAAUAGUUCGAGGUACCGCACAGGAGAGAACCUCAACAUCACGUUUCUGUUUACACGAAGCUUCCUUCCGUUACAGCUCCCUGUAAAGAAGCCUGCGUCGACCUUGGCGUUUCUCUGAGGCAGACGAAAAACCGUUCAGAAUGCUACACGUAUUUGCCCCGAUCGAUGAUAAGAGAGGGUCUGUACUGUUGCUGUAUUCGGUUGUUCUCAUUGGUUUCGAGACUAUCGCUGGCGUCAUCCAUUUCCUUUCUCGUACAACCCUUCUCGAAAGGCGGCGGAGAUGUCCCAAAACUCUGGCCGAAACUCAUGUUUCUCCCUGUCGGGUGAGGACGAAC